AGUUAGAUCAAUCAGCAAGCAACAUUCAAUUGUUUGGUGGCCAUUGAGGUAGAGUAGUAAGUACCUGUUACAACAUUUUCAUUAAAUUUAUUGUAAUAUUAAUUACACUAAUAAUCAACAAUUCAUUGAAUAGACCAUUUAACACAAUAAAUAUUUUAUUUUUAAAAAUAACUUCAAAACUUCAAGAUCUGUUUAAGCUACCAACAUUUCACAAAAAAUGGCCAAGAAAAAAUUAACAAAAAAGGAAAAACAACGGUUAGCAGAAGCAGAGGCAAAAAGGAAGGCUGCAGAAGAAGAAGCAGAACGACUUAGACUUCAAAAAGAAGAAAAGGAAAGAUUAAAACGUGAGGCCAGAGAGGCAAAAGAAAGAGCAGAAAGAGAAGUUGCAGAGCAUUAUAUCAGAAUUGAAAAUUUAGGUUAUUCCUGUGAACUCUUUAAAAAAAAUAAAGAAGUAAAACUUCAACAUGACAUCGCUCUUAGGGAGGCAGAAGAAUGGAAAAUGUAUUUGGAAUGUAAUGGCCUUCCGAAUCCAGGCAAUGUUUCAGAAAUGAAUACAUAUUUAUUUUUGUGGAAAUUAGAUAAAAAAACCAACUAUAUUGAUGACAACUUACCAAAGACUCAAGAAGUACUAAAUUUGCUGAAUGUACUUAAUAGCCUAAUUGAUAACCCUCUAAAUAACAGCAGAAAACAAAUUGAUAAUUGGAAAGAAGUUAGGGAUGAUUUCAGAGAGGAAUUACAAAAUCGACUGGAUAAGUCUUCAUUUCAUUUGCUUCGACAACUAGAAACAAAUAUGACUCAAGUUGAUCUUGAGAUGGUAACAUAUUUAAAAGAAUGUCCUUAUCUGACUCUAUGUCUGUGGACCUUACUUAAGAUUCCAAGAGCGUUUAAUGAUUCUAGACCUCCACCCUUCGUUGAGUUUCCACAAGUGGGAGUCACUAUUCAAUUGCCACCUCGAUUAACUCAUACCUUCUUGGUCGUACGAGCAUUGUGGGUUAAAUAUGACCAUUUUUCAGACCUCUGCCCAACUUGGGAAGCCAAACCACUACCAAAUGAAUAUAUGAGAAAUUUAAAUGAUGUAAUAAAUGAAGAGUGGGAAGAAAAACAAAAAAUCAAACAAGAACAGGAAGCAGAAGAUGCGGCAAGAUUAGAAAAAAUGAAGAAAAAAACUAAAAAAAGAUAUACUCUACCCCCUCCAGAAGUAACAGAAACUGGAACUCAGAGUGACCCCACAGCACCAGUGGGAACUGAUAACAAACCGUCUGAGACCGUACCCGCAGCUACAGAUUUGCCAUCGAUACAAACAAAACACGAAGAACCACCCCCGCCAGAGCCAGUUGCUGACAAACCACAAGAACCACGGAAGAAACCCUCUGAAAUAAUGGAAGAAAGAGAACUCUUGAAAAUUAGUGAAUUGAGAACUCAUUUACAGGUAAUAGUAGAACCAGGAGAGCUCAACAUGAGGCGGUACACAGUGCUCGGAGGUGUGUUCCACCUGGACCUGCUAGAACAGCCUCCACAGCCCAAGAUACUACAGGACCGCACUCUACUAACAGUGUUAGAAGGGGAACACAAGUUGCAGCACAUAGACUACUAUGAGGAGUACCGCGUGACAUUGCCUGACAAGGAUAACACAAGUGACGAGACCGACGCAGAGACUAAGGCGACCAUGGAGAGUGAGCAGCUCAAGUUGGUUGCCAUAAACAUUGCUCUGCCCGAGUCUGUGCUAUGGUUUGAGCCACCCACAGCAGUACAGUGGAACAGAGAAAAGAAAAUAUGGUCUACUUCAAACAUUCAUGAUCCCAAAUUCAAUGAAGAAAAACAAGUUUUGUCCUUUAAAACCGGUCUGAUGGCUCCUGUUGGUUUGGCAACAUUUCGGUUCGUGAAUCUACCGUACCAGACAUGGGAGCUUCGUCCAGACUGGAAAGGCCCUCCUGGAGGAGUUUUCUUCAGUGUGACUGCGGCAACAGUUAUAGUAGAGUUUAUUAUCCGGGCGAACCAAGUGUGUAUGAAUCAACUACAGAACGCUACCAGUACAGCACUACAAGAUAUAGUCGGUACAUUUUAUCCUCCCCACCAACUGAUGAGGCGGAUGCGUCAGGGUGGCAUCGAUUUGUUCCCUCAGCACGACGCCUACAUCUACGUGGAAGGUGUCACACAGAAGCAUUACACAGCUGAGAACCAUCUGUAUGACUGCAUGGCACUCUGCAGCACCACAUACAACUUUUCAUGGUCUAGAUGGAAUCUCCUAGCCGGCCGUAAUAAUAUGGUCAUGCAGGUACGUGAGUUCAUAGACCGAAAACGCCUGCCUAAUUACCAGAUGCUUCAUGUUACUCCCCUGAAGGCAAUCAUUGUCGACUGUACUGAGGUGAGUCAGGCAUUUUCACACCAGGGGGUGGAAGGGAUGGAGUUCUACCCUGACCUGUUUAUGCUUGUCUCUAAACACGCCAGCUCCAGUUCCAAGGAAAAGAUUGCUGCAAUCGACCAGGAUCUUGUACAAACAGUCUACCAAAUCCUCCAUAACACUCGGGUGCUGAGUUACUCCUAAGAAUUAACACCUCUCUGUUGUUAUUGUAAAAUUAUGACUGCAAGAAAUGUUCAAAUAAAACUUAGAAGUGA